GCGCGCUCAAAACAGACGCAGCGCGCACUCCGAGCUGCAGCACGCGGAACGGAGCUUCUCUCUGCCGCUCGAGUCUGCAAAAGAAGACAACAACCUUUCGGGAUAAGAUUAACAGCAGAAAACAUCUGUGCGCAUCAUGAAGUUUGCGGCUUUGGUCUGCUUGGUUGUUUUCCUCGCUGCGGAUGGAGAGUCCAUACCAGUUGAGCAGGACAGCCGAAGAGAGGAUCAGCUUACCCAGUGUUUAGUUCAGAUCCUUUCAAAGGUGCUCUAUAAGACUGAUGAUAAUCCAGUGCAUCCAGAAUGCAAAAACAUCCUUACACCAGGAUCAGGUCAUUCCACAGUUGAGAAAAAUGAGAAAGAUGUUUUACAACUGGCUCAAGGGGAGAUGAAAAAACCAAGAGAAGAGUCUAAAAUCAAGGAGGAGGAACUCAUUGAGGAUCUUCUCAAAGCUGACAAACGUGAAGAGCUGGAUGACGAACGGAGCCAGGAAGAGUUCCCAAAUUUCAUGAAAAGAAGAAUCAAAGACAGGCGUGAGGAAAUGGAUGAUGAACGAAGUCAGGAAGAAUUCCCAAGUUUUAUGAAAAGAAGAAUCAAAGAAAAACGCGAGGAACUGGAUAAUGAACGGAGCCAGGAAGAGUUCCCUAGUUUCAUGAAGAGAAGAAUAAAAGAAAAACGCGAGGAACUAAAUGACGAACGAAGCCAGGAAGAUUUCCCAAGUUUCUAUAAAAGAGGCAACAAGAAUAAAAGAGAAGAUUAUGAUGAUGAGAGAAGCCAAGAGGAAUUUCCUCAGAAAAGACAUUUUUCCGUCCUUUACAAGCGUGAUAACCCCGAUGAGGAGCGCAGCCAGGAGGAAUUCCCUCUAUACAAGUAUAAAAAGAGUCAUCUUCUGGCCAGCAGAGAGAAACGCGAAGAACCAGACUAUGAUAGAAGCCAAGAAGACUUCCCAAGUUACACCCACAAAAGAAACUACGGGGAUGGAGAAGAAGAGGACGAGGAGAGUGAGGAGAGAGAAAAGCGGAUCUGGAAGCCAUCGCAUAGAUACCACCAUAAGAAAAAACACCACAAACGCAGUGAGAAUGAGGGUCUCGAAGAACCAGACUAUGACAGAAGUCAAGAAGACUUCCCAAGCUAUACCCACAAAAGAAACUAUGGGGAUGGAGAAGAAGAGGAUGAGGAGAGUGAGGAGAGAGAAAAGCGGAUCUGGAAGCCAUCGCAUAGAUACCACCAUAAGAAAAAACACCACAAACGCAGUGAGAAUGAGGGUUUGGAAGAACCAGACUAUGACAGAAGUCAAGAAGACUUCCCAAGCUACACCCACAAAAGGAGCCAUGGGGAUGACAGGCACCACAAACAAAAUGAGGAUUUGCUGAACGAACAAUCUGAGGACAUGAACUCUCAGGAAAAAAGGUCUGAGGAAUCUGAGGAGGUAGACGAAGAUAUUGCAAAACGAUACUGGAAACCUACUCAUAGAUACCACCAUAAGAAGCACCACAAACGGGACUCUGAAGAGGAUUAUGAGGAAACACCCCUGGAAAAGCGGUAUGAGGACCAUGAGCUUGAUGAAAAUGAGCUGAAGAAAGGACACCAGAGUUCGGCAGAGGAGAAGCAGGACAGGGAGGCUGCGUUGAGGUACCUAACAAAGAAGAAGAAUGAGUUAGAGGAACGUCUACUUAACAAAGGUGAUGUCUAUGAAAAACGCUCCCCAUGGAUUUACAGAGGAUACUACCAUCCAGCCUGGUACAAAAGAAGCCACAAGCUGGGUGAAAGUACUGACCAGCACCCCAACCGCAAACUAGAAGAGCUUGCAGAGACCCUCCGGUACAAAAGGGGCCUGCAGGAGGAAUCACCUGCGGAGGAAAAUGGUGUGUCCAAACAGAAGCUUUUCACACCAGAGGAGUUAAGUGAACUUGAGAAACUGGCCUCUGUGGAUCAACAGAUGAAAGAGACAACUUAUCCAUUCCAAGGACCAGCUGAGACAUCAUCUUCCUUUGCUGCCUGAUUUGACUUUCCAUCAGCUUUAUGUGUGCUCACUUGGGCUGUUUUAGAUGAAUGCAUUAUUAUAUGUUGUACCCGCAUUACAACUGCAUUAGACUUUUGUUAUUGGUGUAAGUCAGUGUACGUUUAAUGUGAGAGUCUGAGAAACAAGGCAAAGUCUAUAAAAAGCAAAACUAGCUCGAUAAUGUCAUGUGAAUUAUUUCUCUUUAUUACAUAAUCUAAAAUAACAAAAACAAAAUGCCCAUGUACUAUUGACUGCAUUUAAGAGCAUGCUACGUGAAAGACGCGGUGUGUGUUUAAAAAUUGCUGUUGUUCUUUAUGGCCUUCAACAGAACCCCUGCAUUGUUUGCAUUUAAUAAAACGUGUAACUAUGGGACCAAA